CAUGGCCCUAUUUAAAAUACUACUUGAAGAACAAUCUUUUCCAGAAGUUAACCAAACAUACCAAAUUACCCAAAUCAGAAGCUGAACCCUAAAAUCAAUGGCUGAAAAAUUGGCCCCUGAGAAACGUCACAGUUUCGUCCAUAAUGGCCAGAAGGUGUUCGAAUGGGACCAAACGCUUGAGGAAUUGAACAUUUACAUAACGCUUCCAGAAAAUGUUCCGAAGAAGCUAUUUUAUUGCAAGAUUGAGUCUAAGCAUUUGGAAGUUGGGAUCAAAGGCAAUCCACCUUACCUUAAUCACGAUCUGAUGAGCCCAGUGAAGACGGAUUGUUCCUUCUGGACUCUAGAGGAUGAUAUACUGCAUGUAACCUUACAGAAGAGGGAUAAAGGUCAGACAUGGUCUUCUCCUAUAUUGGGCCAAGGGCAGUUGGAUCCUUAUGCCAGUGAUCUUGAACAGAAAAGGCUCAUGCUUCAAAGGUUCCAAGAAGAGAAUCCAGGUUUUGACUUCUCACAGGCACAAUUCUCCGGGAAUUGUCCUGAUCCAAAGACCUUCAUGGGGGGAAUUGGCUCAACUUGAUACUCCUCUACUAUCUUGAAAGUUUCAUUGCAACUUUGGACCUAACUAGAUAUGUAUUGUUAUGAUGAGAAGCAGGGUGAUAAGUUUUCCACUGGAAUUGGUAAAUGUAUUAUGAAAUAUUAAUUCUUGGCAACCA